UGAAAAUUCUUGGUAUAUUUUUUUGUUACAUUAUAUAUUCAUUUUUUAAUAGAGAAAAUUUGUCACAUUUUGCACAAUGAGUCAAUGUGGUACCUCAGCCGCUGAAGAAAAUUCUAUUUCUAAAAACGAAAACAUUAAAGAAGAACUUCCCAUCAAUCAAUGUAUUCCUAACAAAGAAGAUACUCCUAAUCCAUUGGAAGAAAACUCUUUAAGAAAAACAAAAGAAACGGAACUUUCACCAACCGCGGAAUACGGUUUGGAAGGAAUGCUUAAAGCUGUGAGACUGAAUAAUGUAGAUUUGAAUAUGCUGGCCGUUGGAACCGACUUGACUUCUUUAGGUUUAAAUCUUAACGUUACAGAAAAUUUAUCCACGUCUUUUACUUCACCAAUUUUAGAUGGACAACCCUCAAAAGAGGAUUUCGAAUUUACGGUCUCUGGAAAAUACUAUGUGAACUGCCCUCCUUUGAAGAUGACACGAUUACAAGCGUUUUUACCUGAAACAUUAUUUUAUAUCUUUUAUACAAUGGUGGGAAGUGUUCUUCAGGGAUAUGUCGCUGCUGAGUUAUAUAAUAGAAAAUGGGUGUAUCAUAAUAAUUUUCGUAAAUGGUUUACUACAGUCGUUUUACAAAAACAAAACGGUAUAUAUGCAAAUGAAAAAGAAAACAAUUGGAUUUAUUUUGAGCCAAUGCAUUGGAAGAAAAAAUUUUACUCUGGAUACAUUGAUAUCUCUGAGUUCAUGAAGCCUAACGAAUUGAAAACUUUGCUAGCAAACGUUAAACAAGAACCUUGUCCUCCCGUCAAUCCAUCAUGGAAUGAAACGUCGACUCUAUCAAAUCCGCCUCAUAUUCCACCUAAUAACAUUCCAAACAGCACGGCAUUACAUGCACAUGAACUUAGUCAAACCAACAAUAUACAAUACUAUGGAAGGCCUCCUGUGCAAUACAAAGACGCACCACAACAUAUUUCUUUAGCCAAUUCCAAUGCGACACCUCCAGGAUUUGGUCACGUGACCUUGGACAAGAAUUAUAAUGGGGUGCUUUUAGGGGGAAGGCCUCUAUACUCCAAUGUAAAUCCUUCAUUUUUACAGCAAUUUCAGAAAAAUGUUCAACAAUCCUCACCUGAAUUAACAUUAAAUUCAUCACAUCUUCGUUACAACUAAUU